GUCAGUCUGUGUUUGGUCCGGUGCUUGGCAGCUGCUUGUCGUGCUCGGUCUUGCGUGGUUCGAGGGUUCGGGUGAUAAUAACAGUAACAUGGCACUCAGAGGAAAUGGAACGCUUAUCACGCACAACAACUUGACCUACAUCCCACCUUCCUUAAUGCCCGGAUACUGCGGCUAUGUUCCAACUUCAAAGUACUUGUAUGGAGACACAUUCGGGAAUGCCACCAUCAAAUACUUUCAGGACUUCCGCAGCGGGGCGAUGGCCUGCAGCACGAUCCCGUACAGCCGCGGUGGGAUGUUCCCGUCCAUCUUCUCCAACAGCGGGCUCCUAGUGUCGGCCCAGCGGGCUCAGAGCCGCAAUCCCUACUGGGCCCGUUUCAAUGUGGACUUCAAACGCCAGGAGACGCUGAAAAGCUUCGGAGAGCUCUCUCAGAAACACCGGGAGAGCUAUAAGGACAAGACAGGAAAACGACUUCCGGUCAAACACUUCGUCAUCCCAGUGAAAGAGAGCGAAAAAUACUUCUCGAAGCAGAUGUAAGAUCUAAAGUUGUGUAGUCAAUACAUAUUCCUGUAAUGUUUUUUCAUGUACCUUUACGUGCUAUUGUGAACAGAUGCGUCUAAACCAAAAUACUACUGAUGCAACAAAAAUAUUUGUUAUUUAGACUGUCAUAACUGCUUUCAAUUUUAGAAAGCACAUUGUAGGCUAUUGGCAAUGGACUUGUUAAUGCCUUGUAGUCUGUAUGAACUACAUUUAUAUAUUAUUUCAAAAUAAAACAUACUCAACCACACAUUACAA